AUGCCACAUGUCGACUAUUCAUUAUCCAGUCUAAUGAUUUCUCAAUUCUUCACCCGUUCUGGGAGUGAUUUGCAGACCCUUGAUCUCCAGCUAGUGCAAAGGGCCCUAGACCCAGAUCAACUAUUCUCAUGCAUUCCCCAGCUUCGCAGGUUGAUUCUAUCCAUGGCAGGUACGGAAAACGACAGGGAUCCAUCGAGGUUUCUCAGGUGUCUCGAUUCGGGCAUGCUCCCCAACUUGUCUGUUUUUGAGCUGAGCGCAAACAGGCUUUUUAUGGAUGACAUCUGGCUGGAAGGCUGGGAUGAGUUACUGGUCAGGAUCAUCGAUGGGCGUUGGAACAUUCCUGAAGAUUCGUGGGUUACUCGGUUGUCUCAGGUCCGUAUCAGGUGCCGGAAUCCUGCUCGUGUAGAGUCGGAAUUCAAAUGUGGUCAAGCCGCUCCAAAGCUCGGUGCUUUGCAUGCUUUGUCGCAUAUUGAUCGUCUGAAAUCGUGCAAGGCUGAAGGAUUGGAUAUCUCAGUCAUUGCUGAUGAAGAGAUGGACGGACUGCCCGAGGAACGUGUUCUUUUAUGAUGCACUGGCAGAAGAUGUUGUAUCCAACAUUUUGUGUUCUAUUGUCUGUCUGUCAAGUAUCCAGCUUUGCAUAAUAUCUCGAAAUUCA